AGGAUGCUAGCACACCAGCGAGCAAGCUAAUGUGCUAAAGCAGGCAAACGGUAACGCUGUAGCCUGUACGGAUGCUUUGAGGAGAGACGCAGCGGGUUUUGGUGGAGUUUUUAAGUCGGUCCCUUGCGUGAUGUCAAGCAGCCGGCAGCAGCAAAGCGGUGGGGGGGCAAGUUCGGUGCCUAGCCCCAGUAGCAGCGGCACCGGGGGCAGUGGAAGCACCUCCGUAACUAGUAAUGGGAAUUCUUCGGGAAAUGUUGUGCCCACAUCCCGGACUUUGGCAGCAGCCGGCGAGGGAGGCUCGUCGGUGCCAACCGCGAUGCCGCCGUCCCGGUCCGGGUUUGUUCCUCAGGGCAGACCGACCGGAAGCAGCAGGAAGAGGUCCCUCCAUCAAGCACCUUUAUACAACGGCCUCUCCAACUCAUACGAGGAUAAAAGCAACGACUUUGUCUGUCCAAUUUGCUUCGAAAUGAUCGAGGAAGCUCACAUGACAAAGUGCGGCCACAGCUUUUGUUUCAAGUGUAUUCGCCAGAGCUUGGAGGACAGCAAUCGGUGUCCCAAGUGUAACUAUACUGUUGACAGCGUGGAUCAGCUGUUUCCAAACUUUCUUGUAAAUGAACUGAUCCUUAAACAGAAACAAAGGUCAGAGGAGAAGCGGCUGAAGUUAGAACCUCAUAACUGGUCUCCGUGGCAGGUCUUCCAGGAUAUCUUGAAUCCCGAUCAGGAGAACAUGGACCUCGCAAACGUCAACCUGAUGUUGGAACUUCUGGUUCAGAAGAAGAAGCAGCUGGAGGCGGAAUCCCAAGCAGCUCAAAGACAGAUCCUCAUAGAGUUUCUGAAAGAAGCCAGGAGAAACAAGAGAGAGCAGUUGGACCAACUACAGAAAGAGCUCAACUUCCUCGAAGAAGACAUCAAACGAGUCGAGGAAAUGAGUGGGAUUUAUUCUCCAAUAAUAGAGGCGGAGUGUACAGUGCCUAACGUCGAGGCUCCCUCUCCAGCCACCAGUAGAAUGAUGGAGCCAACCAAUUACAACCAGCCUCCAGGGUUCGGUGCAACAACCUCGGGGAAGCGGCAGACCUGGUACAACAGCACUCUGGCGUCAAGAAGAAAGAGACUGACGGCUCAUUUUGAGGAUCUGGAACAGUGUUACUUUUCUAACAAGAUGUCUCGCAUCACAGAUGAAGGCAGGAACCUGAACCAGCUGGACGAUUUUAUGGAGUGUUUGUCUAAAUUCACUCGGUACAACAACGUGAGGCCACUGGCCACACUUUCCUAUGCCAGUGAUCUGUAUAACGGUUCCAGUAUUGUCUCUAGUAUCGAGUUUGACCGUGAUUGCGACUACUUUGCUAUUGCUGGGGUGACCAAGAAGAUCAAGGUUUUUGAAUAUGGAACGGUCAUCCAGGAUGCUGUGGACAUCCACUACCCUGUCAACGAAAUGACCUGCAAUUCCAAAAUCAGCUGUAUCAGCUGGAGCAGUUAUCACAAAAACCUUCUGGCCAGUAGUGAUUAUGAAGGCACCGUAAUCUUGUGGGACGGCUUCACUGGACAGAGGUCUAAAGUCUACCAGGAACAUGAAAAAAGAUGUUGGAGUGUGGACUUUAAUUUAAUGGACCCCAAGCUCUUAGCCUCUGGUUCUGAUGAUGCUAAAGUGAAGUUGUGGUCAACCAAUCUUGACAACUCGGUGGCUAGUAUCGAGGCCAAAGCUAACGUUUGCUGUGUUAAAUUCAGCCCAACCUCCAGAUAUCAUCUGGCCUUUGGAUGUGCAGACCACUGCGUCCACUACUACGACCUACGCAACACUAAGCAGCCAAUCAUGGUGUUCAAAGGCCACAGGAAGGCCGUGUCCUACGCCAAGUUUGUAAAUGGAGAAGAGAUUGUUUCUGCGUCGACAGAUAGCCAGCUGAAGUUGUGGAAUGUCAACAAACCUCACUGCUUGCGCUCCUUCAAGGGCCAUAUCAACGAGAAGAACUUUGUUGGGCUGGCAUCCAAUGGAGACUAUGUUGCCUGUGGCAGUGAGAACAACUCCUUGUAUCUGUACUACAAAGGACUUUCCAAGACGCUGUUAACGUUCAAGUUUGACACGGUAAAGAGUGUCCUGGACAAGGACAAGAAGGAAGACGACACCAAUGAGUUUGUCAGUGCCGUCUGCUGGAGGGCCCUGCCAGAUGGAGAGUCAAACGUUCUCAUCGCUGCAAACAGUCAAGGAACAAUCAAGGUACUUGAGCUUGUCUGAGUGAGGACCUCCUCAUCUGAGCAGAUGUUCGAACCACCAUCAGCCUUUCUGCGUGGUUGAAGGAUUAUUCAAAUGCAGGGAGACCUCGGGGUGCCUGCUGAGCACUGGGAGAGCUGAAUAAACAGAUUUUAUUUUUCUCGAGCUACACGCAUCUUUUUCUUUUAUUUUUUCUGGACAGUAGAACAGACUGGACUGGAGCAUCAGCAUCGCAGGAGAGAAUGUGCUGCAGUUUUACCACAACAAUAAUAGGACCAAGCUUGGGCAUAAAGCCAAAAAAAGACUUUGGAGAAAUAUAAAUAUAUAUAUUUUUUUCCUGCAGCAGCAUUAUAUCGGCUACAAUAAAACACCUCUUUAUUGUUUUAGGUUGAAUCAAAUCUUAUACUUUUUAAAAAAAAUUGAGAUAUUUCUUGAUGGUACAUCCAGCCAAAUGUUACCUGUUUGAUUCUUUUUAAAGGCCAAAGCACAAACCAA